AUGGCGACGCCAACAGCAGCGCGGGACAUGGAGGAGCGGCUGGCGGAGAUGGCGGGCGGCGUGGGGGAUCGUAUGGCGGCGUUGGAGGCGCAGCUGAGGGAGCAGGGCGACGCCAUGGCUGCCAUGCAGCGCGACAUGGGCGCAAUGCGCCAAGCCAUGGCCCACCUCAUGGGUAUGGCGGCGACGGGCGCUCUGGGGGAGCAGGGUGAGGGGGCAGGAGCGGGAAAAGGGAGUGCAUUGGGAGAGGCAGCGGAGGGCAUUGGCGCACAGCUGCUGGCAUGCGCGGAGGAAAACCUUUUCCCUGCGUUUGAAGCGGAGGGAGCGGAUGGAGCGGAGGAAGCGGAGGAAGCGGAGGAAGCGCCGGAGCAAGUGGCGCAGGUGGAAGCGGCGAGGUGGGAGGUGCAGGAGGCGUCGGGUGAGAUGCCCGGCGGGGAGAUGGGGGCGCUGAAGGCGGAAGUUGCGCGGCUGAGGGGAGCGGCGAAGCGGCAUGAGGAGUACACAGAGGGGCGCAUCAACGACCUGGAAGCGGAAGUCGCAGCGCUGAAGGACUGGCGCAGCUCGUGGGAGCAAAUGGGGGCGGAGAGACGGGAUGCGAAGAGGCGGAAGAGGGGUGAAGGUGGCGCGCUUCUAGAAAAGCGGGAUGACGUCGAAAGGGAGGGCGAGGCGCAGAGGGAUGCAGCGUGCGCUGGGGGAGGAAAGACAUGGGAGGUGAAACCUCACGUAUGCACCCUUAGCUCUCCGUCCUGCCCUCCUUCCUGCUCCUGCCAUCUCCCUGCACAUUUGACCUUACUGCCCUCCUUCCUUCUCUCCUUCCUUCUCUCCUUCCUUCUCUCCUUCCUUCUCUCCUUCCUUCUCUCCUUCCUUCUCUCCUUCCUGCCCUCCUUCCUUCUCUCCUUCCUUCUCUCCUUCCUGCCCUCCUUCCUUCUCUCCUUCCUUCUCUCCUUCCUGCCCUCCUUCCUUCUCUCUUUCCUUCUCUCCUUCCUGCCCUCCUUCCUGCCCUCCUUCCUGCUCUCCUUCCUGCCCUUCUUCCUGCCCUCCUUCCUGCUCUCCUUCCUGCUCUCCUUCCUGCCCUCCUUCCUGCUCUCCUUCCUGCCCUCCGUGGCUGCAGGCACUGCUACGACUGUGGAGCAAAACUCCGUCGGCUUCACUGAAGCGGGGGUGCGAGGGCUCUCCUCGCUCACGGGCCUCACACAUCUGAAUCUACGGGGUACAGCCACAACAGACACAGCGCUUGAAGGCGUUGCCAGGCUGGAGAAGCUUCAAGACCUUAUUCUUGACCGGACCAAGAUAACCGACGCAGGAAUCAUGAAGCUGCAGGGGUUAUCUGCGCUCACGACUCUGUUCCUAGGCGGUUUGAAGGUCACGUCUGCCAGCAUGGCGCAUGUGGGCAAGUUGACAUCGCUGGAACGUCUCACACUGCAUGGCACUGACGUGAGGGAGGACGGGCUGGAGCGCUUGACUGCUCUCACUGCGCUGAAGCUUCUCACUGUGCCUCCAGGAGUGACUGAUUCCGGCAUGAUGCUGCUGCGGAACAUGAAACACUUGGAGACGCUGGGGCUCUGGAAUGCUGAAAUCACUCCCGGUGGUGUGAAAUGGCUCAUCGGGCUGAAUGCGUUGGAGAUGCGGCGGGACAUGCGGGUGGACCUAUGCAUGCAUGCGGCGGAAGACCUUAUAUCGUCGCUGGCGAGGCUGGGAGUGGUGGUCCCGAGGCAACCCGCCCCCAGGGUCGCGAAGCAUGGGGCGGUAGUCGAUUCAGGUGCGGAGGAUGGCAACACGCAGCUAACACGGAUGCAGGUGGAGCACUACAGUAUGAAGCGGGACUUGACGAUCUGGAAGGCAGCUGUCACAGCUGUUGGAGCGGCCAUGGGGUACAGUGUCGAUCAGCUCAUUGCUGGAGCUGCCCACGUCCUGCAGCAGCAGGCUUCUGAUGGGGAAGCGGCGACACCUGGGUGCAGUGGGUCCACUGCACCGUCCACGCCCAACCCACGUGCAGGCGCGCGGGCAGGAGCCCCCGACAGCCCCGGUUCCAAAGGAGACCCUUCUGUGAGUGUUGGCCAGGGUGGUGCUGGCACCACAAAUGUCGAUCUAGGGGUGGUACAUCCCUGCCCGUCCCCGCUGCCCGUGCCGGCGAAGCCGUUGUGGUCGCAGAAGGCAGCCCCGGUGUGUGUGCCCUUCACACAUGAGGCAGCGCAUACGGUCGUUCAACCAGGUGGGACGAAGCCCGUGGUAUUGGCUAUGCCGGCAAAGAGGAAACGAGACGACACUCCUUCGCCCGGGAGUGAUGCUGAGGGCGCCAUCCCCGCUAGCAAAAGCAAGGGUAAUGGACAGGGUCGGAGCUCCAAAUGGAAGGGUGUGCGGAAAGAGAAACGGGGGAGGUGGAGCGCUAAGAUACUGUUCUGGGAGAAGGAUAAGCCCAAGCGCACCCAGAUGAGGCUGGGUGCGUACAACAAGGAAUUGGAGGCAGCCACUGCGUAUGCAGCAGCUGUGCACGUGGUCAAGGAGGGGCGACGUGUGUCAGGGACAGUGGAGCUGUCGGAUGAGGAGAGGGGGCUGCUGAAGGGGUGCACAUUGUCCGCAGUCAAGAGGCUGGUAAGGGGCAGACAGUGGUUUCGAUGGACAGAGUGGGAGACGGCACUGGCGGACUGUCCGGAGGAGGACUCAGGCGGGGAGGGGGAAACGCACUCCGAUUCACAGGAUGAUCAGGCGGCGGAUGCGCAUGGAGGCGCCGCCAAGGAGGUGGAUACGAAGAUUGAGAUGGGCGGGGUGAAGAAGGGUGUUCCUGAGGCGCAGGUUGGGAGGGGAACGCCGAAUGAGCUCAAUGAGGAGGAGGCGGAUACACUGGACGGAGUGGCAGAACAGGGGGUGGCUAGUGCGGCACAGGGAGCAUCGCAAGUGACGCCGCAGGCGGCGGUUUUGUCAAGCGUCGGCGCAGGAGAUGAGGAUGUCGGCAGCGACGGGGGAGGCGAGGAUGUUCCUGUCCGCUCCAAAGCGGUCGCGUCGGUUAUGGCGGACGAGAACCCGGCCGCGCACGACACGGCGGCGAAGGCGCCGAGGCCUUCGGUGCCGGACAACCCUUUCGUGGCGAUGCCGAGCGUGUCAGGGCAGCCGGCAAGUGGUUCUCGGCGUGAGGAGACGUCAACUAACGACAACGUCGUCAUUAGCCGCGCCGAGCUCGAGGCCCUGAAGGCGGCCAGAGACGACGGCGAACGGCGGAUUGCGCGCCUGGAGGCGUUGCUGCUGUCCGCACAGGAUCCCAGGACGCAUAACAAGAGGCAGAGAUGCUCCGAGGACGCUUCAUCCGCGGAGGGGGAUGAUGUGGAGGCGGAAGCGGAGCACGCGCCGGUCCGCCGUGUGCGCAAGAGGCGCCAUAUGAUAGAGGCGAGCUCUCCCAUACUCCAGGAGGCAUUUGACUUCAAGCCGGCGGGCAAGGCGUGGAAGGUGAGGGUCCAUUGUCUCAUGCGGUUGCUCUGGCAGAAGCACUGCGACUUUGUGCGGGAGUACCUGUUUAUCGAGCGGGGAAAUGAUGCUAUGACAUUCUACCCCAGCAGCUACGACAAGACACUGGGGUUAUGCUGGGUCACGCCACGGCUGACGCUGAAGUUUGCUGCUGUCGCGUUGGCGGCAGACAAAGGGCGACGCGAUGACUUGAACAAGAGUCUGAGCCAGUGGAAGACGGAGGUUGCAGGCCGUGUACGAGACAUUGCGCUGCCGCGCAUUGGACUGUGGCGCGACGAGCGGGAUGCGAAGAGUCCGUGGAGACGCAAGGAGGCCAGGGAGGCCGCGGAGGUGCGGAUUCGCUAUCGCGUUCUGGACGACGUCAACGAGGAUCUAACACUGUCAACCUGGAGCGAGAGCAAGACCGGGAUGAUUUUUGCUAGUGGGGCAUUCACCGCGUGCGCCGCCACCGCAUUCCGGCCAAAGAAGGUCACAGGGACAGUGAAUGUGAAGCUGUACCAGUUGGCGUGGCUCGAGCACGUGGUGACGGACACCAUCCUGAACUGGGACAAGCGCAAGGGGCGUCUGUCAAAUUCAGCAGGCGGCAACGCGCAGGUGGUGAACGGGCUGCAGGAGGUAGCCGCUGCGGCAGUGGCUCAAGCGAUCCAGGAUUUCAAGCCAACGUACGAUGCAGACGAGGCGGCGUGGGUGUGGGGGGAACAUGGGUUGAUGCUGUCGUCGGAUGGGCUUGAGCACCUGGUUCCCGGCCGGUAUGCGCAUAGGGCUCCAGUGGCUGAUGAUAGAGCAUCAGUUUCCCUGCACACAGGGCUCGGGCAUGCACCUCCGUUCCAGUGGCUCCCAUCGCGCAUGCGGUGGUGUUCAGUGGCGGUAUGCGAUAGGCCGUUGCUGGGUCUGGGGCGUCGCGCGAUUGGUCCACGAGGGCUUCCGCGAUGCAACUGCAUUGGUGGGCGAAGUGGGGUUACUAGGGGGUGGGCCAGUCUGUAUUCAACACUUGCGCGCGCACGAGUGGUGUACGUUUCGGCAGGCAACCGUACCGGGCAUGCUGUGCCACCGUUUCAUUGUGCCACGGUGGCGCCACAUUUCACUCGCAUUUCUGCAACUGUUGUCCAUCACUGCGAAGUUGCAAAACCAAAGUAUCCGCCGAGUUACUUUUCUGCAACUUUUCAGCAGCCUACUGGCAAGUCCUUUUUCGCGAUGGCGGCGGAGGUGGCGGAAGUGAAGGCGACGGCGGCGCACUCGGAGGCGCGCAUCAACGACGCCGAGCUGGCGCUCGCCGCGCUCACGAACAGCAAGACGGGGGAGCGCCGCGACGAGCGCGAUGAGGGCGGCGCGAGGAAGAAGCGGAAGCCAGAGGAGUCGCCGGGGAAGGAGGGGGAGAUGGCUGGUGCUGCUGUGGGCACCGAGCAUAAGCUUGCUGUUGGAGGUAGUGCGGCUGAAGGAAAGCUGGAUGAGGCGGAAAGCGAGAGCGAGGAGGAGUGGGGGGCGAAUGGCGAGGAAGAUUUCGACGCGGAGGCUGAGCUGCAGGAGCUGUGUAACCGCGUGGUGGCACUGGAGAAGGAUGCCAAGACAUGGGAGGUGAGUGCUUGA